UUCAAUACCUCUCUCUCUCUCUCUCUCUCUCUCUCUCUCCCAUACUCGAAAUAACUUCUUCAAUACCUCUCUCUCUCUCUCUCUCUCUCUCUCCGGAAAUGUCAGGAGACUGGGGGCCGGUGCUGGUGGCGGUGGUGCUGUUCGUGGUGAUGACGCCGGGCCUGCUGUUCCAGAUCCCGGGUCGAAACCGGGUGGUGGAGUUCGGUAACAUGCAGACGAGCGGAGCCUCCAUUGCGGUCCACGCCGUCAUCUACUUCGGCCUGAUCACCAUCUUCCUCAUCGCCAUUGGCGUCCACAUCUACGCCAACUAGUAGUAAAUUCGAUUUCGCCCUUCUCUAUCCUGUUCCCUUCUUAUUAGAUCUCAGAAACCUUCAAAAAUGCUUCUUUUGAUGUUACGGUAUAAGGUACUCUCCACUAGGUUUUGGAAUUUAUUUGGGUUUUGGUAGUAUUAGUUUCCUCAUUCCUGUGUAACUCGGUUGAUGUGAUGCGAGUGUUUAUCUUUCUUUC